AUGAAGACGGAGAAGGAGCAGGCCCAGCCGGCGGGAGAGCACACUCCAGCACACGGGGAAUCCAUCACGGACGACACGGCAGGCGAAGACAGACCAGGGGGCAAGGAGCCCACCGAAGGCGACGAGGGAGUCGAUGCAGAGACCGAGGGCGGGGAAGAUGCAGAGGGCAGGGGAGAGAGCACACUCACCACAACCCCGGCAGCCCCGGGAAGCAGACGACCGGCGGCAGGGGAGGCAGGCACCACCCCACCAGCAGCAUCCAAGGACCGCAUGGAAGCAACCGGCCGCGGAUGCACCUCCGCAACCACCAAAUGGAGAAUACCCGAGGCAGGAGCACUCAGGUCCACAGAGCACACCGGUGUGUCAGACUUAUCAGGGCCCGACCAAGCAGGGCCAGAGGGAGCACCCGCCAGAACCGCCGCAGAAACCACACCAGGCACCAGGUCAGAGCGAGUAAGCGACGAGGAAGCUCUACGCUCAUCCAAGCAGUGGAAGACACCUUCCAAAAAAACAAGAGGGAGCCUCAACACGAGGAGCGUCACAGCCGGCUGCCACAUGGCCCUCAGCACCACAACGGCAACAGGUCCGUGUCUGGCCCUGAUAAAAGACCCGGAGCGAGAGCCCACGAUACAAAAGUCUGGACGGAACAGGCGAAGUAACUCGCAUAACAAGCGUAUGAGUGCCCGUACGUAG